AUGAGUGGCAUCGAAAGCUGGGUUAGCAACCCGAAAGAGACCCAUGGACCUCUCAUGUCCGUGGUCACCUGGUCGCUGCUGUCCGUCGCUGCUGCCUUUCUAUUCCCUCGGCUUUAUAUUCGAUGGCGUCAAGGGAAGCUGUGGCUAGACGACUGCACACUUGUCGUCGCUUGGAUCUUACUUCUGGUCCAAGUUUCCAUCAACCAAGUGUCUAUCAACGUAGGCUAUGGAGGACAUACACUUGACCUCGACUUGCGCAAUCUUGAUAAGAUGAUGUAUAUUGGCGCAGCGGAAUUGACGAUAUACACCAUCGCGAUUGCCUUGAGCAAGAUCUCUUUUGGACUCACUUUGCUUCGGCUGACGGACGGAUGGGUCAGACUCUACGUCUACUUUGCGAUCUCUACCCUAGCGAUUUUUGCAAUCCCUGCUACCAUUAUACCAUGGGUGCAAUGCAAACCGCUAGCCAAAACCUUUGUGGACUUCAUACCGGGAGAGUGCAUCGACAAGCAACCCUCUGUUAUAUAUGGGCGUUUCCAAGCUAUGUGGUCAGCACUUAUGGAUUUUUCUCUUGCUGUGCUGCCGUGGAAGAUCCUUUGGAAGCUGCAAAUGCGUACCGCAGAGAAGAUCGGUGCAUGUGUCGCCAUGAGUCUGGGAAUACUAGCCGGAAUCACGUCGAUUGUCAGAUCCACAUACAUCGCAAAAUUGACAACACAGGAUGUAUCAUAUGAAUCAUACAAUGCCAUCAUAUGGGCAGUGGCAGAGUGCUCCAUGGCCAUCGUCGCUACCUCAAUUCCUGUACUUCGCGUCGUCCUCAAGCAUGCGGUCAACUCCGCGCUCGAAGGCUACACGGGCUCGAGUAGAAGCAAAUCACGAAGCAAAUCACGAUCGUACCCUUCCAAAGCUGCGAGCUCGGGGAACCGAAUGAGCACAAGACAAUCGAGCAAGAAGACGCCAGACAUAACGGUCAAUGGAGAAUGUGGAGAUUCGGUAAAGGAAGUGUUUGGACGUGGAUCACAAGGGAACUAUGUAGAGCUGGAUGAUCUGGCUGUCGACGAGGAGACUGGACGCGUCACUGCUUCGUCUCCAGAAUCUCUGCCAGACCAUGCCGAACGCCACGUACCAGAGUGGAAAGUAUGA